CACUGUACACUGUAUAUAGAGUGGUAGGUUGUGUACAUCACGAUAUGUUAACGUAUCCAACACUGUACACUGUAUAUAGAGUGGUAGGUUGUGUACAUCACAAUAUGUUAGUGUAUCCAACCCUGUACACUGUAUAUAGAGUGGUAGGUUGUGUAAAUCACGAUAUGUUAACGUAUCCAACACUGUACACUUGUAUAUAGAGUGAUCGUAUUUCUAAAAGGGAUUUCAUGGAAUAAAUAGAUUUUUAGAUUUUCUCUCUGAAUGCAAACUUUUGACAAUUUUCAAUUAUCUACGUUUUACCACCCCUUAGAAAAACGAUCACUCUGUAUACAAGUGUACGGUGUUUGAUACGUAAACAUAUCGGGAUGUACACAACCGACCACUCUUAAUUAAUUAAUAGGGAGGUCGGUUGUGUACAUCUGAGCUAAGCUUUAACUCUUCGUUUCCUUUAUCUAUGCUUUUAACAGUCAUUUUAUAAACCCCGGGUCAGUUGUCUUUUUGUUGACUCGGAAUCAAAAACAUUUAUUUCAGAUUUAUCAUGUUUCGUCGACUCCACAGUUUUCUCUAGAACUAGGAAUACAAUGAUAUCUGUUAAACGUGAGCUCUGAGCUCAUUGAACAUUGAAUAGUUACCAGAUUAUUUGCAAGACCCUGCCCCUGGGGACCGAGGAUCCUGAAUCUAAAGAUCUGAAGGAAAAUAGAAAAAUGGCGAUAGGAUCUAAAUCAAUUCCACAUGACAAGAUAAACUUGAAAUUGAUCCUUGUGAGUGGGAAAACGAAGGAGUACUUGUUCUCCCCCAGCGAGAGUGCGGGAGAUAUCUCACAGUUCGUCUUCGACAACUGGCCCCAGGAGUGGGGGGAGGAGGCGGUGACUAAAGCUGAGAUCCUACGGUUAAUCUAUCAGGGCAGAUUCCUCCAUGGAAAUGUAACCCUGUCAGCCCUGGGCCUCCCCACUGGCAAAACUGCUGUUAUGCACCUUGUACCCAGGGAAAGUCUACCCCAGCCCUCCUCCCAGGAUGAUCUUCAUAAGAAGAAAACCAGUAGUAACACCUGCUGUGGUUCCUGCUCCUGUAAUAUACUCUAGGUUGAAAUUCACAAAAUAUUCAAACAGAAGCGUGUCAAAAUUACUAAAUCCGCAAACAGCGAGAAGAAAAAAUUAUAUUCAAGAAUUAUAUUUAAUAUUUAUUAGGGAGUGUAUUGUACUGUAUAACCUUUAUUCGCUCCUUUCAUUCUAGAAUAUUUCGUAGUUGUUGCAUUAUAUAUAUACUAUAGUCAUAUCAGCGCCACUCAAGGCUGAUACUUGAAAAAGUGAAAAUUUACAUAAACUUCUUUCCGAAUAUAUCUAGCAGGUUGGAUGGAGCUGAUUUACAAAAUCAAAUUUUUUUUUUCAAAGAAUUUCAUCAUUCAACUGUUUGAAUAUAGAUUUGAAUGAGAUCAAACGUUUCUCUGAUUAAUAGUAAACUCUUAAUAUAAAAAUUAUUCUGAAAUUUUGAAAACUUUUUUACUUUAGAAUAAUUAAUUAAGUGUCGACAUCAUAGAACUAUUUUUUUUAUUUAUUCGUGGAUAAGGAGGUUUCAAGAUUGGUAAAAAGGGAGAUCUGUAAUAUAUAUUUUCUUAAGUACUGGUAUGUACUUCAAACUGAACUGUAUGGGGGAAAUCAAGAAGUAAAAAAUUUAAUGUACUUUACCUUCCUAAGGGGGGGGGGGGAAUGAACCUCGGGGUACGUUGACGGAAGUGUAAAAGAGACAUUUUAUGUAUAAAAUGGAAUGUCCGAUUCAUAACGGCACUUUUCAAAAUUUGCAGAAUCAAGAAUGAAAAAAAAAAUUCCAUGGUUUCUCAUGAAUAAUUUGAUUUCUAAUCAUGUUUUCUCUGAAGAAGGAAAUCAUGAUCGGUUAACAAGUUUCUAGCUAGAAAAACAAAAUAAUAUCUUCCAUAUUAUUGCUCAGAUAAAUGUUUAAUGGGUACCGUUGUGAAUCGGGCAUUUCUUUUUAAAAUGUAAAGUUGCUUGAAGUACGUCUCCAGCCUCUUAUAGUCAUAUCUUACGAAGGUUAGUCUAUCCAAAAAUGGGGAAAUUUGCCAGUUAAAGUUUUUUUAAUACCUCCAGUAAUAUUCGCAAUUUUCAAAAUGUCUUCUAUUUCAACUGAAAUUGUAAAAUAAACUUGUAUUUUGAAAUUUAGAUUCAGGUUAGUUGAAAGGGAAGCUUUUCCCACUUUUUAAGAAUGGUUUAAAUUUGCCAAUACGGACUCCUACUGAAAGAAAUAUAUAGAGUAUCAGGGGUAUUAGUUUUUUUUCUACCCCCCCCCCUUCUCUAAAAUCAUUAUAUUAUGAAAAUUUUUUACAGGUAAAACUUUUUUGUUGUAUUUGAAAAGUUUAGAGAUAAUAAUUGAACGAAAUUGAAUUAUAAAUAUCCUUGAUGAUUGAAGAUGUGUUCUAUCUACAUUUUUUUUAUUGAUCUAAAGAAAUUUUCCUGGUUUGGUUAAAAUUUAUUAGAAAUUUUGUUACAUAGCUGUUUUUAUAAAUUUGUUGUUACAUUGUCUAUAUUCACUCAAUUUUCCCCUUAUUAGCUUGUCUUGCAUUUUUACCCUUAUCUUCCUCAUUUUUCUCCGUUAAACAUUGUUUUGUUGCUAAAAUUGUUUAAAUUAGGAAAUAAGAUAAAAAUUUGAAAAGACAUGUUUGAUAACUUUGAGAUUUUGAAUAUUUUUAAUCCUGACUUUUAUCAAGAUUUGAAUCGUUAUGUACCUACCUAAGCGUACAAAUUAAAAUCAAUACACUUGCACUCUGCCCUCCCCCUCCCCCCUAAAGACUGUCACAAACAACCAUCUUUGUGCUUUCAAAAAUUACUAAUUUAUUUCGUUUUAUAUGUUCAACAUACAUGUAGAAUCAUCUCAAAUUAGAAAUGUACUUUUAAAUGACCUUUGAUACUUGAAGAUGGAAAAAUCCGUUUUAACAAAAUUUUAACUCACAAAAAAUGUUUCCAAGGUAUAAAUGUGGAGAGCGUCGAAAGAAAGGUUAAAUCAUGAUACGUCUCAAAAAUCGGAUCACCCCAGCCCCAAACCUACUGGUUAUCAUUUGCAAUUUGAUGGGAGUCGCUCAAAAUCGGGUCAAUUAAAAAUACAUUGAAAUCCCCCUUUAUCAAAAAAAUGCGAAACAAUAUAUCCACAUUUUCCAUAUUUUUUUUAUUUUCUUUGCGACUGGAUUUUCUCAUGCAUAGUUAUGCUGUUUCUAUAAAUACUGUAUUAGAGUGUAUCUAAAUUAUUCUGUAUUAUAAAUGUUUUAAAAAAUAUAGACUAGUAUGUA